CCCUCCUCCCGGCCCUCCCCGGGGCCAGCUGCGGCCAGCACAGGCCGUGCGGCUUGGGACGCUCGCUACCAGCGCAGACGAGUGAAGACGCGGCUCGCGGAGGACAGCUUCGGGCGCCCGUCCGGGACCACGCGGCUCGGUGCGGAAGCGGAAAGGCAGAAAUUCUCCAGAUGUCUUCCAAUAAUGACCACAUUUUAGUCCCAAUGCCACAGAGGAACACCAAUGGCCUUCCUGGGAUGAACUCUGGUGACAUGAAGACAGUUACUGAAGGAGCUGUGUUAAGUUUUCAUAAUAUCACCUAUCGAGUCAAAGUGAAAAGUGGCUUUCUAUUUUGUCGGAAAACAGUUGAGAAAGAAAUACUAGUAAAUGUCAGUGGGAUCAUGAAACCUGGCCUCAAUGCCAUUCUGGGACCCACAGGUGGAGGCAAAUCUUCGUUGUUAGAUGUCUUAGCUGCAAGGAAAGAUCCACGUGGAUUAUCUGGAGAAGUUUUGAUAAAUGGAGCACCUCAACCUGCCAAUUUCAAAUGCACUUCAGGUUAUGUGGUUCAAGAUGAUGUCGUGAUGGGUACCCUGACAGUGAGAGAAAAUUUACAGUUCUCGGCAGCUCUUCGGCUUCCAACAACUAUGAGGAAUUGUGAAAAAAAUGAACGGAUUAACAUGGUCCUUAAAGAGUUAGGUCUGGAAAAAGUAGCAGAUUCCAAGGUUGGAACUCAGUUUAUCCGUGGUGUCUCUGGAGGAGAAAGAAAAAGAACGAGCAUAGGAAUGGAGCUGAUCACCGAUCCUUCCAUUCUCUUCCUGGAUGAGCCCACAACUGGGUUGGACUCAAGCACAGCCAAUGCUGUCCUUUUGCUCCUGAAAAGGAUGUCUAAACAGGGUCGCACAAUCAUCUUCUCCAUUCAUCAGCCUCGGUAUUCUAUCUUUAAGUUGUUUGACAGCCUUACCCUAUUGGCCUCAGGAAGACUCAUGUUCCAUGGGCCUGCACAGAAGGCUUUGGAGUACUUUGCAUCAACAGGUUACCACUGUGAGCCCUACAAUAAUCCUGCAGAUUUCUUCCUGGAUGUCAUUAACGGAGACUCUUCUGCUGUGGCAUCAACUAGAGAAGGAGAAGAACAAGAAGCAAACAACACUGAACAGUCUUCCAAGAAAGGAAAGCCAAUAAUAGAAAAUUUAGCUGAGUUUUAUGUCAACUCCUCCUUCUAUAGAGAAACAAAAGCUGAAUUAGAUCGACUCCCAGGAGGUCAGAAAAAGAAGAGAAUCACAGUGGUCUUUAAGGAAACUACAUAUGUUACCUCUUUUUGCCAUCAGCUCAGAUGGAUUGCUAAGCGUUCAUUCAAAAACUUGCUGAGGAAUCCUCAAGCUUCCAUAGCUCAGGUAAUUGUCACAAUCAUACUUGCACUGAUUAUUGGUGCCAUUUACUUUGGACUGAAAAAUGAUAGUGCUGGAAUUCAGAAUAGAGCUGGAGUGCUCUUUUUCCUGACCACCAACCAGUGUUUCAGCAGUGUGUCAGCUGUGGAACUCUUUGUAGUGGAGAAGAAACUCUUUAUACACGAGUAUAUCAGUGGAUAUUACAGAGUAUCAUCUUAUUUCUUUGGAAAGCUGCUGUCUGAUUUACUACCCAUGAGGAUGUUGCCAAGUAUUAUAUUUACUUGUAUACUGUAUUUCAUGUUAGGAUUGAAACCAGAGGUGGGGGCAUUCUUCAUCAUGAUGUUCACCCUUAUGAUGGUGGCUUACACAGCCAGUUCCAUGGCACUGGCCAUAGCUGCAGGCCAGAGUGUCGUGUCCGUAGCAACACUUCUCAUGACCAUCUCUUUUGUGUUUAUGAUGAUUUUUUCUGGCCUUUUGGUGAAUCUUACAACCAUUGAGCCUUGGUUGUCCUGGCUUCAGUACUUUAGCAUUCCUCGAUAUGGCUUCACGGCUUUGCGAUAUAAUGAAUUUUUGGGACAAAACUUCUGUCCGGAAUACAAUAUAACAACAGUCAACAGUACCUGUGUUAACACCAAUGCAAUGUGUACUGGUGAGGAGUACUUGAAUAGCCAGGGCAUCGACCCAUCGUCACCUUGGGAACUAUGGAAGAAUCAUGUGGCACUGGCUUGUAUGAUCAUUAUCUUCCUCACAAUUGCUUACCUAAAAUUGUUAUUCCUUAAAAAACAUUCCUAAAUUCCCCCUUUAACUUACUAUGAGUUACAUUCCCAUUAAAUAAUGGCACUUUGAUUUAA